CCUCCAGCGGCACUGUGCUGCAAAUGGCCUGCUGCAGCUGCAACUCGUGGAGGCAAGAAUGACACCGGCGCUCCCCGUCACCAAGACAACCUGAUCGUAAGGACGGAUUUGUUUAAUUUCUAUCUUUAUUAAUAGAACGAUGGCGCGCGUAAUUUCACCUUUACGGACACGAUUAGUCGUGGCUGUUAUUACGUUCACUGCACUGUGGGGAUUUGCGCUCUCCAUAAAUCGCUACUCUGUACCGGAGGAAAUGGAAGAGGGUUCCUUUGUUGCUAAUCUGGCCACAGAUCUGGGUCUGGACGUUCGCAGUUUGCUGGAGCGCAACGCCAAGCUCGAUGUCAUUCACAGCAAAAAUUACCUUGACAUCAACAAAGACACGGGGGAGCUGGUCAUCCGCGAGAAGAUGGACCGGGAGAGCAUAUGCAUGACUAAGACCACCUCGUGCUUUCUGAAAAUGGAUGUCAUCCUCUCGAACCCCGUUCGCAUAUUUAACAUCGAGCUAGAGAUCAUGGACAUCAAUGACAACGCGCCAGUGUUUCGCAGAAGGACAAUGCACUUGGACAUAUCUGAGGCAACCCCUCCCGGUGAGAGAUUCUCGCUGACAAACGCCGUGGAUGCGGAUGUGGGAGCGAAUUCGAUCAAGACCUACUAUCUGAGUGAAAGCAAAUACUUCAACAUUGACAUCCAGACCGGCAGCGAUGGUUCAAAAUAUGUAGAUUUGGUGCUCCGCGGUAAUUUGGACAGAGAAGAGCACGCAGUUCAUAAUCUGAUUUUAACCGCUGUGGAUGGAGGGGUGCCUCCCCGCUCCGGAACAGCCAGCAUCAUUAUUAACGUGCUGGAUAUCAAUGACAACGCCCCCCUGUUCAGUCAGCCAGUGUUUGCAGUCAAUGUCUCAGAGAACUCGGCAGUAGGCACAGUAGUUAUGACCUUAAACGCAACAGACUUGGAUGAAGGCACAAACGCCGAGCUGAUCUACUCAUACACACUUUACACCUCAGAGAAGACACAAGAGAUCUUCUCCCUUGAUCCCAACUCUGGUGAGAUCAAGGUGAAGGGUGUGAUCGACUAUGAGGAGAGUCAAAGUUUUGAGAUGCACAUACAGGCCCAGGAUAGAGGGGCAAACCCUCUGUCAGGACACUGUAAAGUGAUGGUGUUCAUAACAGAUCUGAAUGAUAACUACCCAGAGGUGACCAUCAAGUCUAUGAAAAGUGCACUGACUGAAGAUGUCUCUGUAGGGACACUGAUUGCAGUGGUAAGCGUCAGCGACAGGGACUCUGGAGCCAACGGUGAAGUGGAGCUCACCUUGAAUCGUCAAGAAACCUUACCGUUCCUCCUCAACAAAUCCUCAGAGGGUUACUUUGAACUGCUGGUGUCAAAGCCGUUGGAUAGAGAGAUAAUAAGCAAAUACGACAUCACGUUUAGAGUGACAGACAAAGGCUUGCCACCCUUAUCUGAGAACGAGACCAUCAUUUUAGAGAUCCUCGAUAUCAAUGACAAUGCGCCCACGUUCCCCCAGUCCUUUUACACAAUCCAUGUUGUGGAGAAUAAUCUACCAGGGGCUUUAUUGACAUCUCUAAUUGCAUAUGACCCAGAUCUCCAUGAGAAUCAGUACUUAGUAUACUUCAUCAUGGAGAAGGAGAUUGUUAACACGUCCAUGUCAAUGCUGUUCUCCAUCAAUCCAGAGAACGGUGAUCUUUAUGCCCUGAAGACCUUUGAUUAUGAAAGAGAGAGGGAAUUCCUUUUCCACAUCGAGGCUAGAGACUCUGGCGUUCCUCCGUUGAGCAGCAAUGUGACAGUUCAUAUUAUCAUCUUGGACCAGAAUGACAACACUCCCCUCAUAGUGUCACCUUGGCGAGCGCAGGGUUCAGUCGUAGAGGAGGUGAUACCGAGGUCCACAGAUAAGGGACACCUGAUAGCCAAAGUGAUCGCCAUUGAUGCGGACUCUGAGCAGAACGCCAGGGUCACAUACCAGCUUCUGCAGAUCAGUGACUCAACCCUCUUCAGUCUGGAUCAGUACAACGGCGAAAUCCGGACAACGAGAAUGUUCAGCUACAGAGACCCAAGACAACAGAGACUAGUAAUUGUUGCCAAAGACAACGGCCAGCCUUCUCUUUCUGCUACCGUCACCAUCAAGAUAUCAACAGUAGAACACGUCAUGUCGUUUUCGGAAACUACCGAGUUACCACUAGAAUAUGACGUCUUCACAGACCUAAACCUGUACUUGGUGAUUGGUUUAGGAGCGGUGUCCUUCCUGCUACUGAUAACCAUCUUGGUUAUUAUUGUGCUCAAGUGUCAAAAACCAAAGCCAAAGGCCAUCAAGAUCCCCCCCGCCAAUAGGAACAGCGUGAUCAGCAGGAACAGCGUGAUCAGCCAGAGGAGCUCCACCAUCGCAGAUUCCACCCUGAUCUCCAGUGAUGCCUACUGGUACAGCUUGUUCCUCGCAGAGACCAGGAAGGGAAAAGUGGUCGUCAGACAGCCCAUAAUCCCCAAAGGAGCUGGGUAUUUUGUAUCCAGUAUACCUAGGAGCAUAGGGCCAAGUGAGACGACAGACUCCAGAGCAUCCACACUGGAGUACUCAAAAUGAAAGGAAGUCCAUUCUACAACUGGAGCAGGAGCCCAGAAGAGAACUGCCAUGAAAUAAUCAUCUCUUCAUGGGAGUCUGAAAAUCUUCCCUGUGACUCAUAAAGAAGAUGUAACACAGCUGUCCUCCUCCAGUCCCUCUGCUCCGACUCCUCUUUCUCUAUGUUUCCUCCAAUAUCCCACGCUCAGACAUCGACCACGAAUCACCUCAGCUUUCUACCUUCGUUGUGCUUUUACGCAUGAAUCUGCAUGGUUCUACUACAAAGUAUUUGGACAACAAGUUGAAAUCAUCCAUGGCAGGAUAGCUGGACAUUACUAAACAGGGCCUCAUAGCUGUCAAUCAUUCCCUCCUUAAUGCUUUGAACGAUGGACACAUUUGCCUUCUCUCCAGGGUUUUAUGCUGUGUGCUGUAGUUUUAGAAACCAUUAGUAGUUUAUUAUAUACUUAAGUCGCCGUUGUGCAAUGUUUUCUAAAAGUUCCAACACGCCUAAUCAUGAAUACACAUUUGAAUCAGGGUGAAUUUUCUUCCAUUAAUCUGAUAAAUACUAACUUGUAGCUGGUUAUGUCUCACUGUUUCAAGCAUUGCUCUUGGUGUUUCUCUUGUUUUCUUUUUGUUUUUUGUUUUUUUGCUUUUUCACAAACUAUUUCUACUCUUCUCUUGGUUCAGUAAGACUCAUAGGCCAUGUUCACACCUGGCAGUAGCACGCGUCUUAAUAAAGCAGACGGCUCCAGGUAAAAGUGGACAGCUCGGUGCGCUCACACCUGUGCACACCGAGCUGUCCACUUUUACACACUGAGCUCCAUCUGCUCCGACCACAUUCAGAGGUGCUCGUACUGAAUAGCUACAUUAUUUUGUGUGUCACAUUAAAGAGCAACUAAAGGUGGAACUCAGUGCGUAAGCUGGCUUGUCCGAAAAAAAAAAGCCCAUAUACGGCAGUAAGUAGAGGCAGCCAGUUAUGCUUUUAUUUCUUCUUCAUUGAUCUAUUUUCGGCGGUUCAGCGGUCUGGCGAUCAGAUCCCCCAAGACACACGUUACUGCUGGAUGUGAACAAGGCCCAUGUGUCAUCUAGUAACUUUACGAUACAAAUAAGGACUGAUUCAGUAUUUUUCUUUUUCUUUUACUGCAAUGUUUGCUGUGCUCAACAAGUUAACGAAUGUGUGGCAAAAAAAAAAAAAAGAAUGAGAAAACCAGAAAAUUGAAAAAAAAACAACAACAGUAGAUUAAUUGUUUCUCUUCUCUUUUGAUUGUAGACAGUGUAGUUCAAUAGAAGUGACAAUGAAGUCAAACAAGCAAAAAGACUCACAUCAGAUGUGCAAUUCACCCUGCGCGUCGAAUGACUGCAAUACUGACGAUUUUUUGGAACCACGAUAAAGUCGAAAACCGAAGACACACUUUUUCGGGUCCGUUUCCUCUCACUACAUAACGAGACGCACGUUAUGGUUCGGAGUUGUGCUUGCACUAAAAAUAUUUGGCCAGUGAACGCAUGAACCCUCAUGUUCACCAAAGUCUAUACCAGGCUAAUGCUGCAUUCGAUGGUAGCUGGAAUCGUCUAUCGCAAACCUUAAGAGAGCAACGACUUUCCCAUUUGUGCACUGAGAAUUUUGAGUUCCAACUUUCCACUCUGUCGAAUGCAGCAUAACUUCCCACCGUUGCCACCGUACAAUGUUAUCCUGUCUAGAGCACACAUGCUACUGCCAACAGUUUCCUUUCGGUCACUUAUUGGUUUGUGUCACUGUGCAUGGCUGGAUGGAUGGAUUCUUGCACGGCCCUGCUACUCUCACGAGAAUCCAGCUAGCUAGCUAGCUAAAUCAUUGGGCUGACUGAGCGGGGGUGCAUUGGGGGAAGGUGUGUCCUCGGAUCUAAUUUGUGUUCGGAUUUAAUCCCAAAUUGGAGUGAGACCAGAGUAGGGAGCACGUAAAACAUUCACAAUGAACAUUAUUUUAACAGGGUCAAGAUUCAAUUAAUGUUCAUCAUAAUCUAAUUAUAGCUAACUUUGAAAACAGGCAAUUCAGAUAUUAAUUGCAUUCAUUUGCACACAAUGCAAAUUGUAAUUAAAAGACAGUAAAAAUACUAGAAAUUAAAAAAAAAAAAACUAAGUUUUAUAAUGAUUCAAUUUAUUGAAAAGAAUAAAAAUAUUAAAAUGUAUUAAUCUUUGCCAGGUACAAGGGAACAGAUGGUACAGGCAAGGUGUUGUUUUAUGAAUAUUCCUGUUUUUAUAUAUAUUUUAUGUAUUACCUUUUAAUGCUGCUUUUGUGAGCUUAUUCAAGGGCAUUUUGUGUUGCAUAUUUGUAGUUUUAGUGCAAACAAUGUUGUUUUUGAUAGUGUACAUAACUUAAAACAGAAACAAGAAUACUUUUUCUUGACCUCGAAGGUAGCGCCGUUGCACUACUGUACAGCCCAGGACUUUCAAUUUCUCAGAAACGAGGAGCUUACCGAGACCACUCAUCAGGGUGCUAAGUGAUAAAAUGUAAUUGCAUGAGGUAAUAGGAUGGGAUUAUGAGACGAAGAAGAACAUAGUGUUAAUUAUAGUUACAGUAUUCCAGUGCUGACUCUGCAUGUACAAUAAAACUGCUGAACCCGGAGAUGGUUCGCAGGAACUAUUAAGCAGAUGACAGCACUUUGAAUUUGAAAUGUGCGCUGAAUCUAAAUGUGAUCACAGCAGCUCCCUCUGUAAUGCAGUGAAUAUUUCUGGAUGCGUCGGGCUCCGCGCUCUGAUCUGGUGAAAUGUAACCCCUCUGAUCCUCUUUCUCGCUGUUCCAACAGGCUGUCCAGACAUAAACACAGCUGGCUGUCUGACUUUCUGUCAGACUAAAGAUGUCAUUUAAUGAGGGAUCUCUUGCUGUGGAGUGCGUGUCGUAUGUGCAAGCGCGGCCUCAGCCGACCGAUUCCAACAGCGUUCGAAGAAUGAAUAAAUUGCACACAUGACGAGCUCCUUGCGUGCCUUCUGCAUUGUAAAAGCUAUACGUGACUGUUGAUGAAUGAAAUGACAGCAUUUCGUUUAGUAUUACAAAUUACGAUUCCUCCCAUUAGUCACAACCUCGAAUUGCUUGUUGGACAGAGGCUCGGCCUUUAAGGAUUCAGAGCGGACGUUCUAGAUGCAUUUACUGUAAAUGAAACUGCUUUCUACUUUGUGUUUUUUUAUACAGUAGACCUUUUUGAUAUCUUCUGUAUUCACUGUGAUCGAAAAGGCACAGGAGGUGCUUGUGCUCGUUACUGUAAAAGUGAGUUAUCUCUCAUUUGUGUACCGUUUUUAUUUUAUUUUGCCAGUUAGAUUGUACAGUAUGCUUCGAGAGUUACAUCAAACGUAAACCAGUUCCUUCCCACUUAGUGGAUCAAAUAUAGUAUGAGUGAGAAUGGUGUUUAUUUAUUUUCAAGUCGAGCUAAUUGUCGGAUUUUGAUGUUGCUUAUUUGGCUUCAGUGUUCUGCCUGAUCAUGCUAGUUUGAAUAAAGCUUUUUAAUCUGUC